AUGUCGGACUCUGAAGAGGUCAUCGAAGAAUAUGAGCAGGAGCAGGAAGAGGAGUACGUGGAAGAAGAAGAGGAAGAAUGGAUAGAGGAAGAAGACGGUCAGGAAGAACAGGUAGAAGAGGCAGAGGAGGAGACUGAAGAAACCAAGGCAGAAGAACAAGAAGAUGAAUCAAAAGCACCAGGAGAAGGUGGAGAAGGGGACCGAGAGCAGGAGCCUGGGGAAGGUGAAUCGAAGCCAAAACCCAAGGUCUUCAUGCCAAAUCUGGUGCCUCCCAAAAUCCCAGAUGGCGAAAGCCUGGAUUUUGAUUAAGACAUCCACCGCAAGCGCAUGGAGAAGGACCUGAAUGAAUUGCAGGCCCUCAUUGAAGCCCACUUUGAGAGCAGGAAGAAGGAGGAAGAGGAGCUCAUCUCCCUCAAGGACAGGAUUGAACAGCGGCGAGCAGAGAGGGCAGAGCAGCAGCGAAUUCGCAGUGAGAGGGAGAAGGAGCGCCAAGCCCGCAUGGCUGAAGAAAGAGCUCGUAAAGAGGAAGAGGAGGCACGGAAGAAGGCUGAGGAGGAAGCGCGGAAGAAGAAAGCGUUCUCCAACAUGCUGCAUUUUGGAGGUUACAUGCAGAAGUCAGAGAAAAAGGGUGGGAAGAAGCAAACAGAGCGGGAAAAGAAGAAGAAGAUCCUCAGCGAACGGCGGAAACCCCUGAACAUUGACCACCUCAACGAAGACAAGCUGAGGGAGAAGGCCAAGGAGCUAUGGCAAACCAUCCGUGAUCUGGAGGCUGAGAAAUUUGACCUGCAGGAAAAAUUCAAGCGGCAGAAAUACGAGAUCAAUGUCCUCCGAAACCGCGUUAGUGACCACCAGAAAGUCAAAGGGUCAAAGGGUGCCCGUGGGAAGACCAUGGUGGGUGGCCGGUGGAAAUAG